AUGGCUUACAAGAAAAAGGAAAUUAAAAAACUGUGUGUGCUCUUGUUUUUGGCAGUGGUUAUUAGCCAAGUGACGUUUAUCAGUGCUAUCAAUUCUGAUUGCAAAGGAAAAGCUUUCUACUGCCUCAACUCAACUCACUUCAUGAUAUGCCUGGAUUUAGGCGACGGUGUUUCAACAACUGUGGAAGAUUUUAUAAUUCCGUGCCCACCGCCGACAAUAUGUAUAGAAACCAACGCUUUUGAAUGCGAAUAUCACACAACGACCACUCCAAAACCAAUUUUGCAGAGUGAAGUACCUGUAACUGUAUUAAAUGCACAAACAUGGCGGGAUGACAGUGAUUUUACGACGUUUUUACCCUUUCGGUACAGUGAAGAGGAUUCUGUAAAGUCCGAAAAAUAUUACGAUAUAUUAGAUGAUCAGUUGGCAACAAGAGAAACAUUACCUGAAACAUCGACACAUCAAGAAUCCACAACUGAAACAAAAAUAAAUGAUGAAAUUAAUAUAGAGAGAACGACAUUUACACAAGAGGACAAAAGUACUCUACCUCCGACUUUUUAUACUAUAACAGAUGACGUUACUAUAUCUAGUCAACAGGUAAAAGUAGUAGUAAACAAUGAUGCAUCAGGCGGAUAUGAUAAUCAUUUUGAUACUGUGAGUACAACUACUCUUUCAGAAAGUACUACACAAACGACAACGCGCUAUGAUGAAACUCAACCUACUACUGGCUAUAUCGAUGAACAUAUUUCCAGCAAUAAUAUCAUAAUUACUAAAGAAGAACCUCCAAUACUAAAUUUUUAUACAUAUCAAGAAGAAGCCACUACAUCUGCACCUCUAAAUUUAGAUUUUUGGCCAGAUGGAAUAACUCAAACCACAAAUUUUGCAUUGGAUAAGCUGACGACAACUGUGCAAGAGACAGAAAAUGAGGAAAUUAAAGGAACAACUAACAGAGAAAUAAGUUACUCGUUGACUACAGACAUAGAUAAAUAUUUGAAUACUUACUCAGAUUAUGCAGAUACAUUUAGUCCAAUAACAGCAUUUCAGGAGGCAGGGGAGAUGCCCAACGAAGUAACUAACACUAAUAGGAAUUAUGAAAUAACUACAGAGUUGAACAAUUACAUAAAUAACAAUAAAUUUGACACAACGACCCCAUCAGUAACACUUCAACAGGAAAAUAGGAUAGUUAAAGAUGUAUUCAUGACUAAUAUAACUGAUGCUUCAAAUACAGAGGACUAUGUAUAUAAUAAUUCAAUACCAAAAAUUACAGAAGAAGAUACUACAAUUAAUUAUGGAAAAACCGAAGACACUGCAAUUGAUCAUAGUAAUACUAUCGAUACCAAUAUAAAUUAUCCAACGACUACAGAUAUACACGAAUAUAUAAAUAAUAUAGUUAGUACAACUAAAGAAAAUAUAAUUAAUGAUGAAUAUGAGGCAAAAUACUUUCCAAAGUCUACGACUUCAAUAGACGAGAGUUCUUUUAUAGGCAUUAAAUAUAUGACACGCCCAUAUGUAUCGCAAAUAUUUAAUAACGAUGUUAAUCAAAUAACAUAUAAGGAAGAAGAAAAUACGCAUUCAAGUGGCUUUCCACCAAAAGCAAAUAUCAAUGUUAUAUUAAAAAAUACUCAGGAUAUUACUACCAGUACAGACGUAUCGUAUGGAGAUUUAAUGGUGAACGAAAUGUCAUCUCAAACCGAUAAAAAAUUCUCGGAGAUAAAACAAACAACUUCAAAAGUUCAAGUUACAGGUUAUAUAAUGCAAGAUAAUACGAGUCCCUAUAAUCCUAAAGGAACGAUUCAUAACGACGAGCAACAAUCGGUUGAAAAUAUAACUGUAUUUAAUGACAUUGUGUCAUCUUCGACAAAUGAUGAUUCAAAAGAGAUAAAUUUUGAAUCAACCGAUCCAUUAGAUCAAAUUUCCACAGAUAGUUCACUCUUAUCGCCAAUCGAAGCUCCGUCCAUUAUUAAAGAUAAUUUAAUCGUUCCUAUAUUGUCAGCCCUAGAUAAUGUAACUGAAAUCAAAAUAAAUGAUACAGUUUUUACUGAAAGGUAUAACGACCAUAACACGAAACAGAGCAACUAUAAAAACCAAGACAAAACAAAUCCGAACUUUUAUACUACUUUCACACAAUCAAAUGCCCUUACUAGUUCUUCACCGGGUUAUGACUAUAAAUCUAAUAUAAAGACAACCUUGCCUGAUUUAGAGGAUCCAAAAACAACAUCUUCAGAAUUAAUAAGUGAUUUGAAAACUAUGGACACUUAUAUAAAAGAAACUACAAUCAGUGAACAAAGAAACACAGACGUUUAUACUUUCAGUAUCGAAGAUCGUACCAAAACAACGGAAUUUACGACUUCACCCUGGCUAAAUAAUGCUGAAAGUAAUAACAACCAAUACGAAAUUACAAAGGAGAUGAAUGUGAUAUAUCAUGACAAAAUCCCUGAUACUGCCUCUACAACACCAACAAUAUUUGAUCUAAAUAACUUAGAAAAAGUGACAAUAGAUGAUAAGAACAAUUUAGAGAAAACUGUAACAAAACCUUCAACUGAAAUGAAAUCAACACUAUCUAUAUCACAAGAUGGGUCGAGUGUAAACAAUUUAUUUACAUUUAUUAAUGACAUGUUUACUACUUCAUAUGUGAACGCUACUGACAGCUAUGCACUUAGUAAUUUUCAAGAUAACGGUAUCACAGAGAGUGCAGAUUAUAUACAAGAAUCAAAACCAACAAAUAAGACAAAAUAUGAAGAUAAACACUACUCUUUUGUCGGAAAUACUUACCCAAUGGUUAAUAAAUGGCCAGAUAAUAUUCCAGACAUAACAACUGAAACAAUUCAUAAGUUAUCAAUGAGGGUGCCGUCAGUCCCAAUAAUUAAUGGCACUAAGACAGUUGUUAGAUACUCUGAAGAUUCAAAGAUUGAAGGUGCAGGUGAUGCGAUUAAAUUACCUGCUAUGGAAGUUAAUAAUACUAACGCUACAAGAAACAAAACAGUAGUUGUAAGUCACAGUACGAAAACGCUGAAUUCAUCGCAGCUGAAUAGUAAAGUACCCGUUAUAUCAAUUGCGUCAAAUAUAAAUAACGCUGCGGAAAUGAAAUCACCAUCUAUUGCAUUGGCUCAUAACAUAUCUUUAGAUAGACAUGAAACUAUAGGAAAAAAGCAAAGCGUUUUUCCAAAUAUACAAGAAAAAAAAGAAACCGUCUCAGUACAGAUUAGUCAGCCUUGCAACAAAACUAUACCUGAUACCACAAAUCGAAGUAACAGAACAUCACCUACCAUUACUUCAGAACAAUUAAAUUUAACUUGUUUGAAUCGAUACAGCGGUAAAUAUCCAGAUCAAUACAACUGCCAAACUUUCUACAUGUGUAUUGGAACAAUGAGUCCUAUAGUGGGUCAUUGCCCUCAAAAUUCCGUAUUCAGUGACAUCCUAAACCAAUGCACUCGAAAUUUAUCCCAUUGUGUAAGAAACAACGAGUUUCAAUGUGUUUCUCCAGGAAGGUUUAGUGAUCUUUGGAGUAGAGACACUUAUUAUAUUUGUGUAAGACACAAAAGCAAGUUUGUAAGGUUUAAGCUUAGGUGCCAAAAAGGAUACUUUUUAAAUAGAACGUCCAUAACAUGUGUUGAAGAUCCUGUUAUUGAAAAGCAGUCAUUUACAUUGGAAUCAUAUUCAACAUCAAGCAGUAGUAGUAGCUCGGAUUCUAAAUCCGGGCAAAUUGAAAGCAAUACGAAUGUUGAAUUUAAAUGCGAAAAAGAGGGAGUUUUUCCUGAUCCUAACCAUUGUAGGAAAUACUACGUUUGUAAAAAGAUAUCGAAAUCACAAAUUCGACUUAAGAAGAAAAAAUGCGAUUCGGAUGAGGUUUUUAAUAAAAAGAAGAAAAAAUGUGUCGAUGAAGAUAGCUAUGAAUGUGAAACAUAA